GCUACAUUUAUUCUCUUCUAAUUGGAACAAGCAAAGUCAGUGGAGAAGGUGGCAGUAAAAUAGGAAGUCAGGGUAAUGUGAUGUCUUGCUUAAUGACCGCAGCGAAAGUGAGGUCGUAAGUCCAUCGCAGUCACAUGAUAUUUGCUUAGUGCCAUGGUGCUUAGCGAUAGAGCUGCCCAUUCCAAUUGUGGUUGCUAAGCAAGGACUACCUAUAAUUUGGAUAGCAUUAUGCAAAAAGUUAUGUACUUUAGCCUUUAUAAAAGCAAUGAAAAAGAGAGGACCUUAAUCACCGGAACAUAUAAUUUAUAAUGUAUCUGUUUAUCUUAUAAUUGACCUCUUUAGAUAAAUGAAAUGGACUGUUUUGUGGGAUUCUUAAAAAUCUUGAGUCCCUAAUUUGCACAAAGAUGUGUGUAUAUUACUAUGGCAACCAGCUCUUCUGAUUGUUUUCUUUGAAAUUACAUUUCAUAAGUCUCUUUUAAGCUAAAAUGUAAUGUGCAAAUGCCAAAGGGGAAAAUUUGCUGUACUUUUUAAAAUGAUAAACAGCAUUGUGGGAGAUAAAGAUUAUUCUGCAGGAAAACAAUGACAGGGUAACUCUUGAUUUCCAAACCAGAUUUCAUAAUCUCAGAUUUGCUGUAGUUGCUUCUACAGAGGUGUGCUAGUAUGUAAUUAACCUAUGAUUGUUAAUUUCCUAAUAUUUUGGCAAUUACCACUGGCUAUAAUGAUAUUGUGAAAGUUGUCCAACACUUGCCAGUCAUUUUGUCAUGUUUUUAGCCAAACAAAAGAAUAUGAAUGAUAGAUUGAUAUUCCUCAUCAGAGUAAACUGUAUGAAAAGGGGCUGUUUAAAAAGGAGGCCAAUCCUCAGAAUAUUUCUCUCACUACUGAAUACAGGUUAAACCAAGGGGCAUAUGAACCAUUUCCCCAAAUCAACCUCCUAUGUUCCUUCAAUAUUCUGCUCCUGCAACUGCUUUUAUGAUGUACUUUUGUUGCAUUUCUAUACCCUACCAAGUCUUCCUUUCUCUUGUGAUAUGGUUAAUCAUGACUCCAAAGUCUGACUUUGUUGCUCGUAGGAGUGAUUUACUCUGUGCUAAUCUCCAUCAAUUUCUAGAUGAGUUAGGACAAUUUUAGAGAAAUUUGGGAGAUAUGGUCCAAUAUUUGGAUUAAGCAGCAGCUUUGGGAAGGAUGACCAGUAAUCUAACUUCUAAAUGGCAGCCCCAAAUAUUAUAAAUCACCAUGACCACAUUCAGGUGGCACAUUUUAAACCCCAUUGUGGUCUGGCUUAUCUGCAUCCCUGAAAGUAAAAAUAAAAACAACAAUAAAUUUAACUUUUUCCAUAUUUUCAAUACAUCCCAAAUCAAUCUAUAGUGGCUGCCCCAAUUCGGUGGCCAGAAUGUACUUCUACCAGCUCAUGGCAUAAACCAGUGUUUCUCAACCUCAGCAGCUUUAAGAUGUGUGGACUUCCAACUCCUCAGCAUGCUGCUAGGGGAAUUCUGAAAGUUGGAAGUCCACACAUCCUAAAUUUUUUGAGGUUGACAAACAUUGGCAUAAACUAUACGCCAUUAUUGGAACCAGGGAUGGUUUACCUCAAGCUGAGAAUUUGUUUCUUAGGAAAACUAUGUCCGUUAGUGCACACACUUGUGUCUGUGUGUGUGUUGGGGAAGACGUCAAGUUUGCUGCCAUACCACUGGCCCUGCUCGAAAUUUCCCUAAGUGUAUGCAGGAUUGUUGCUUCAGAGCACAGUGCUCCGUAAACUACACCAGAAGUAAACUCCUCCACCGAACUGGCCCAAUGCAACCGAGGGCCCAGUGAAUGCCUUCGCAGUUGCAAGUGUUUAUGCUUAGGCACUGAGGGUAACACUCGGCCACAAGCGAACACACUUGCCCGGGACUGUGCUCUUAUGCACCACCGUUACAUAUCGGGCACACUCUGUUUCACACUCAAACUCCUCGGCUUAUAUCGUUCCAUCAAAGGAAUGAAUAAUAAUAUACACAAGGCAACGUCAGGCGAAGAGUCACAAGAUGCCACAAUUUCAGAACGACGCAGCGGGAAGCGGAACGCCCUCGCUUACACGCCUUCCUUUGGGAAGGCAACUUCGUUGUGACGUCAGGGCAGAACGCAGCAGGAGGCAGAAUCCCCGCCCCCCUCCCCGGUUUCUCUAGCUGUCAGGUUCGCGGCUCCCAACUUUCAUCCUCCUCGGAGGUUAUGAAACGCACUUCGCUACGUCUGUUUCGCAGUGGGGGACGGCCGAAGCCGGCAGCCAAUCGGCUGGCUCCCCGACGCCAUCACAUGGGGCUGCUCCAGAUUUUAUUUCCAGAUGAUCUUACAUUAAGGCUGUGCAGAUCAGAGCUUUAUGUGGCUUUACAGCAGUAUGAAGAAGCUCUUGAGGAUUUGGAGAUUCUGUGCAAGCACAAGCCCAAAGAAUGUGAAGGCUUUUUUAGAAAAGGGAAAGUGCUCUUGGAGGUAGGGAAGCAAUCAGAAGCCCUGCUACAGUUUCAACAUUGCCUUACACUGAAUUCCAGUUUCCAUGCUGCUCAAUAUGAGAUAGAAAAGAUUCUCACAAAUGAUGCCUCCCCUGUUCCCGGCACUAUUGUAGAGCUGAAGAGCGAUUCUAGUCAGAACUUGGAAGGUUCUAAUCCAGGGGAACAGUUGACUUUCCUUGGGACUUUUGAAGGAGAACCUCUACAGGAUGUGAAGAAACAAAAAGAAAUUUCGCUGGAAGAAGCUAUGUCUGAUCACAGCCAGGCAGCACUUCCCAUGUCACAAUGGAUGAGGAAGAAGUCCAGAUCAGACUUUUCUGCAAAUAAAGAAGAAGAUUUGGAGGAGGAUGCAUCACCAGAUACAUCAGGAACUAGAUCACCAGAUACAAAAUCGACUGAAGGCCAUCGUCCAGACUUAAUGGGCUUCCUGACUACAUCAGACUUAGAAUGUUCUCUUUGUAUACGUAUGUUCUAUGAGCCUGUGACCACACCAUGUGGCCACACUUUCUGCAAAGAGUGUAUGGAGCGUUGCCUAGACCAUCGGCCCAACUGCCCACUUUGCAAGCAAAGCCUGCGAGAGUAUCUGAGAGCUGGAAAAUAUACUACUACCAUUCUGCUUGAAGAGUUGAUGACAGCAGUCUUCCCUUUGCAACUGGCAGAAAGGAAACUGGUCCAUCAAGCUGAAAUGGUAGAACUUUCAAACCUAAAUAAGAAUAUCCCCAUCUUUGUGUGCACCAUGUCGUUUCCAGGUCUUGUGUGUCCCCUUCAUGUGUUUGAACCUCGCUAUCGACUCAUGAUGCGAAGAUGUCAGGAGACUGGCACAAAAACGUUUGGCAUGUGCAUGUAUGAAAAUGGGAAAAGCUUUGCUGACUAUGGCUGCAUGCUAGAGAUUCAGAAAAUAGCAUUUUUUCCUGAUGGACGAUCACUAGUGGACACUAUCGGCAAGAGAAGGUUUCGAGUUUUGAGACGAGGGCACAGAGAUGGCUACAACACUGCAGAUGUUGAAUAUUUGGAAGAUGAGAAGAUGGAAGGAGAAGAACAGACUGAGCUCCAGAAUUUGCAUGAUUAUACCUAUGAGUUAACCCAGAGAUUUUAUGAACGUGGGGACAGAACUUUCAGACAACUUGUGAUGCACCAUGGACCACUUCCUGAAAAAGAGGAAGACAUACAGGCAUCACCAGAUGGACCAGUUUGGUGUUGGUGGCUUAUAUCUGUCUUGCCCCUUGACUUGACGGACAAGUUGACCAUUUUUUCUGACACUUCCCUGAAGGCACGUCUCACCCAACUAAAGCAUAUUCUGAACAUCAUUCUGGAAAGUCGUGACUACAACAGCUAAUGCUCAGACUUACCACAAGGAAAUUUUAGGUAACAUAGAAGAGAGUAGAGUGGAUCUGUACUGAGUUACCCACCAUCUCUUUGUGUUUGGAGUAUAGCAAUGCCAAUCUGGUGCCCUCCAGAGGUCCUGGGAGUGCAAUUCCUAGAAUUUCUAGCCAGCAUGGUGACUGGGGAAUUCUGCAAGUUGUGAUCUCAGCACAUCAGGUGGAUGUCAAAGUCUUAACUUCUUUAUUUACCUCUAUAUUGUGAUUAUUUUGUUACUGACUUCAGAACUGUAGUCCUUGAACCAGGACCCUGAAGCUGGUGUGCAGUUGUAGCAAUGUUUGCACUUUUGUAAAGCAUGCUGACUGGGAAGCCAAAAGUUGUCAAUCAAUGCAUACAGAAAUCACCAAAAAUGGGAAAGGCUGCUUUGUUGUUGAGAAAAACGGAUAGCAACAAGGCAACUUGAGUUCUUUGGAGCACCAAUGACCAAAAGUAUACUAUGAGACUCCUCCUGACUUUUUAUUUUCAUCUUUCCAUUACCAAACAGUACCAACACAAUACAACUAUCUUCCCUUCCCUUCCCUUCCCUUCCCUUCCCUUCCCUUCCCUUCCCUUCCCUUCCCUUCCCUUCCCUUCCCGCAAUUAAUAUGGAUGAGUUGGAACAGUGUUGGUAUAUUGGGCUAUCUAUUGUGUACCAGUCCUUGUUAUUUCAUAUUUGUGAGCACCACUGUGAGAUAAUAUUGGAUACAAGUAUCUCAGAAAUGUAUUUGUGGCUUCUGUUCUAGGGAUGGGACGUAUACUGUAUAGAUUUGAAAACUCUGUAAUCUUAUCUCCCCAUCAUAAUAUAGUUUUAUGUUUUUAAAAAUUGUGAAGUUGGGAGGGAGAAAUGGAAACAAUAUAAUUUCGCCCAUUAUGUUGUUUUGCUUGCCUUAAACUAUCUUGGUGGAAUUCUUUUGUUUUGUAUACUACAACGGAAGAGGAAUUCAACUGCCAAAUCGAGGGCGUUUUGUCCAUAUGCCUUUUCCCAUUUUGCAUUUUUUUCUAUAUUUAUUUGGAACCUUUGGGAUAGAUUUUAAAUGCUGAAUGGAGUUUAGGCUUAGAUUCUGCCAACCUUUAUGUCUGAUCCUUAUCUUAAGUCCUUAUUCAGGGGAAAGCGGUGGUGAAAGGGCAUCUGAUAUUUAUAGGACAUAAUUGAGAUUUAACAGCCUUUUGGGCUGUUUUGUCAUGCUGCUACCAGCUGCUUAUUUCUCUGCUUGCUUCCAAAUGUCAUCUUUAUAACCCACUUGUGCUGACCCAUUCUUUUGUAUGGUGUGCCUUAUCAGAGAGAAUAAUAAGCUUCUCUAACUUAAAGAUAUAAAAUGGUGGUUAAAAGGCAUAAGGCAAAAUUUCAUGAUUGAAAUUUGUACUUAUUUCUUCAUGUGUUAUGAAAUAAACAAAAUUACUGGUUGGAAUUAAAUACCCAAGAGUUUGCCUGGCAUGAAACAUCUGUACCCGAGAACAUAUAUAUGCAAGACUGCAUUAUUAUUAUUAUUGUUAAUAUUAUUAUGCGGUCUGUUACCACUCAAAUCUGCUUAGACAAUAUAUGUGCCCCUGGAAUGCUGGAUAAAGAAAAUUCCGGCUUCCCCAAUAAGUGAGGGUAGGUUAUUUCUGUAAAUAUAUAUAUCAAACUUUCGGGAAAGAGUUGCUUCUCCUUGCUUUAUGCACUAUUGAAAUGGGAUUUAGGGGGAAAAAAUACUGAUUAUACAUAGAUUUUGCUUUGGUGUUGACAGACAACCAAGGUAACUUCUGAGAAGUUAUUUUUAAAUCUUAAAAAUUAGUAAGAUUUAGUAAUUGGUGUUAUUUGAGUUGCAUAGUCAAACAAAAAAUCUUGGUUGUUUUAGAUUUUUUUUAAUCCCACCUUUCUUAUUUUUAUAAAUAACUCAAGGUGGCAAACAUGCCUAAUUCUCC